AUGUCUAAAAAGGUUGAAAAAACUGCCUUAGUAAGCAGCAAAGCCCCAAAGCCAACUACAUUUUCUAACGAAAGAUCCCAUCAUGUUCCUAAUUCAGAAGCUAAAUCAAAAUCACCCUCACCACCCCCAUCAGCAUCCCCUAAGUUUUACAUAAAUCUUCAAGAUUUAGUUAAUAUUGAAGGUAUACUAGAGGGUCUCGUCACUGCUUUUAAGCAAAGCGAGAGCGCUUCCUAUGAAAUUGAUAGAUGAUGGCAAAUCACUGAUGAAAAUUCUAUUAUUCGGAUUGACAGCCUUUUUCGAAAAGAAGAAGCCAAAGCAUGCUUGAGGGAAGCUGUUAUUUUAGAAGCAGCUGGAGUGUCACUAUCUGAGUUUUUAGAUCAUUCAGCCUUAGGGAAUGAUCGAGCCAGACAAGCAGUUAAUGACCUGCUUGAACUGAUUCAUCAAAACAUUUUGGUGCUAAUUGAUAUUGUUUUGCAUAGAUUGCCAAAUCGCUACUCCAUAAAUUCUUGAGCUGUCACUUUGCAAACCAUCACUUACACAAAAAGGACAAAUAAAUGCUCGAAACAUGAAAAUAUGCAGCUAUUAGCAACGCAAAAUAACCUUAUCAAGCAAACUAUUCAAGAAAUCGCUAAAGAGCACACCAAUCCCGGAUCAGUACUCAGUAAGACUGUAAGAAUGCUUCUGUAUACUAUUAUUCAAAUUGUGAGAGACAUAGAACACUUUGAAGUUAUAAAGGCCAGAGAAUUAUUGCGCGUCGCAGUUGAGGAAGAUAUAGAGCCUCCAGCAUUGAAUACUACUGAAUCCAUAGAUUAUGAGAUAGAAAUACAGCUUGCUGAAGCUCCUUAUCUGCCUGCUACUGAAGAAGAUAUUUAUACUCUUGUAUUGGAUUUAGAUGAAACAUUAGUCCACUAUUAUGAAGAGGAAAAUGAAGGGAAGUUCUUAAUUCGUCCAGGGUGUCAUGAAUUUUUGGAAGAAGUGUCCAAAUUCUAUGAAGUCGUGAUUUUUACUGCUGGGCUGCAGGAGUACGCUGAUUGGGUUCUUGACCAAUUGGAUCACAAUAAAUUCAUUUCUUACAGAUUAUAUCGACAGCAUGGACUGCCAACUGGAAACUUUUACACAAAGGAUUUAUCAAGGAUAGGAAGAAAUUUGGCAAGAACUAUAAUAGUUGAUAAUAUGGCUGAAAAUUUCAGAAUGCAGCCGGAUAAUGGAAUUUUAAUCAGAACCUGGAUCGACGAUAUGACUGAUAAUGCAUUAUUAGAACUCCUUCCUCUUCUUAAAGGUAACUAUUAAUCAGAAAUCGCUAUGAAAAAAGGUCGUGAUGUAAGAAAAGCUCUCAAAAGCUUCAGAGACCAAAUGAUGAGAGCAAUCGCAAGAGGAGAGAGCAACCCUCACCUGAAUCUCCAUCUGGAUGAUGACUUAUAA